UAGUAGACACUGGUGGACAGUAGCCUACAGUACCGUAGCACUUCGGACAAAUACCCUCUGCUAAUGAAUAAUAAGCCACUUAUUUCUUCUUGGAGGAUCUACAAACGAAGAUCUACGUAGAACUUGGUGGAUUUUAAGAAGAAGAAGUGAUGAGGCAUUUAUCUGAAGCACUCUGACAGGAUGGCAUCACAGGAGGGGAAGGAGCCCCCUCCAAACAGAGGUCAAUCAGAUAGCCGUCUAAAGAGUAAGAAGCCGCCCAGCCUUGUAAUAGCCAUCCCUCCACCAGAGGUGAUGUCCCACGACCCUGCGAAACAGCCGUUGCGACCAUCUCUGAAAAAAAGUGAGAGUGGUCAAGCAACCGGUUCUGUGUCGGAGAGCGUGAGCGGAGCCGGCGAUGGAGGCUUCUUAUCCAGAGACAGAAGGCCAAAGUUGGGUAGACAAACCUCACUCUCUCAGAGUAUUCGCAGGAAUACAGCCCAGUGGUUUGGCGUGGGGGACGACUGUGAGACCAAGCAGCAGGUAUGGCAGAGGAAGAGCCUGCGUCACUGCAGCCAGCGCUAUGGCAAGCUGAAGGCCCAGUAUAGAGAGCCGGACACAGCCACCAGUAUCGACCAGGGCCCGGACUCACCAGCCACACACAAGAUGCCCAAGAUUGUGGAUCCGCUGGCACGGGGAAGAGCCUUCCGUUGCCCAGAUGAGGUGGACAGUCGCUCCCCCAGGACACCCCACGCCACUCAGGGAGUUCCUGUCACACCGGGGAUUACCUCACUGAGCUCUUUCACUAGCCAGCGCUCCGGGUACAGUCGCUUCCCCAGACGCAAGAGGGAGUCCGUCGCCCGCAUGAGCAUUCGAGCUGCGUCCAACCUGCUGAGGGGUCGUAGUGGCUUGGCAGGCUCCCAGACAGGUCGCAGUUUCCCCAGGAGGAGCUUUGCCAGGCCCAGCUGGUUGGAUGAGGACACGGUGGACUCUGCAGACACGUCUGAGUCGCUCUUCUUCAGUAAGGUCGAUGCCCAUGAUGAACUCUACUCUAUGGCUGAUGAUGUGUUUGAAUCUCCUCCCAUGUCGGCAGCUUUUGCUCCCUGCGAACAGCCUGACCAGAAGUUCCCAAGCCUUAAGGACGUAUCUCGGAUGCCCAAGACACCAACAGUAGUGCCUGAAAAGAUUCAUCCUCGUCGGGGGCGUCGCAUCGCCUCCCAAGUUAAGCAUUUUGCAUUUGACAGACAUAAGCGUCAGUACGGCAUGGGCGUUGUGGGGAAGUGGCUGAACCGGCACUACCGACGCAGCCUCAGCAGCAACGUCCAGAAGCAGCUGGACGACUUCCACAGCCACAGGCCCUACUUUACCUACUGGAUCACAUUUGUCCAUAUAGUGAUCACACUGCUGGCCUGCUGUACAUAUGGUUUUGCCCCUGUGGGGUUUGCACAACAUUCUACAUCUGAACUGGUGCUGAAGAACAAGGGGAUUUAUGAGAGUGUCAAGUAUAUCCAACAGGAGAACUUCUGGAUUGGUCCAAGCUCUGAGGACUUGAUUCACCUGGGGGCCAAGUUCUCACCAUGCAUCCGUCAGGACAUACAGAUAGUGAGUCUGAUCCAGAAGGCCAAAGAUCUGGAGAAAGAGUCUGGCUGCUGCGUCCAGAAUGACAACUCUGGAUGUGUGCAGACCCUCAGCUCCGACUGCUCCGAGACGCUGGCCACAUUUAUUAAAUGGAACAAUGAGCAUGUGGAUAUCAGCAGGUCCUCUGGUUCUGUCUGUCACCAGGAUCCCAGAGUGUGUGAAGAGCCUGCCUCUGCAGAGCCCCAUACAUGGCCAGAUGACAUCACCCAGUGGCCGGUGUGUACAUAUCCCAAGAAGUGGAACCAGACAGGUUACAGACACAUGGACUGUAAAAUCAAGGGACGGCCAUGCUGCAUAGGAACCAAGGGCAGAUGUGAGAUCGCCACCAGAGAGUAUUGCACUUUCAUGCAUGGUUACUUUCAUGAAGAUGCCACACUCUGCUCACAGGUCCACUGUCUGGAUGACGUGUGCGGGUUGCUGCCCUUCCUUAACCCUGAUGUUCCAGAUCAGUUCUACCGUCUCUGGCUCUCUCUCUUCCUCCAUGCUGGGCUUUUACACUGCGUGGUGUCAGUGGUGUUCCAGAUGACCAUUCUGAGAGACCUUGAGAAGCUGGCAGGUUGGGUCCGCAUCUCCAUCAUUUAUAUCCUCAGUGGAAUCACUGGAAACCUCGCCUCUGCCCUGUUUCUGCCCUACAGAGCUGAGGUGGGUCCAGCAGGGUCUCAGUUUGGUCUCCUGGCUUGCCUGUUUGUUGAGCUGUUUCAAGGUUGGCAGAUGCUGGAGAAGCCAUGGAAGGCCUUUAUCAAACUGUUGGGCAUCGUCCUCUUCCUCUUCAUGUGUGGCCUGCUGCCGUGGAUCGACAACAUCGCCCACAUCUUUGGUUUCCUCAGUGGCUUGUUGCUCUCCUUCGCCUUCCUGCCCUAUGUCACUUUCGGGACUUUUGACAUGUACCGGAAACGUAUCCUCAUUGUUGUCUCAAUGGUGGCCUACACUGGGCUGUUCUCUUCCCUCAUCGUUUGGUUUUAUAUUUACCCCAUUAACUGGCAUUGGCUGGAGCAUCUCACCUGCCUGCCCUUCACAAACAAGUUCUGUGAAAAGUACGACAUAGACCAUGACAUUAACGAUGUGGUACACUAGUCACAAGGCUCCUCAUGA